AUGACGCUGUUGCGCGGCUUGAUCAAAUGCCUCGCGCUCAUUCUACUCGCCGCUACCCUGCUGGCAGAUGCAGCCGUAGUCCAUGGCGAUGCACAAAAUGUUCUACAAAAACAGCAAAACCAAGAAGACAUAACGGACAGAACUGUAUCCGAAGCCCUAUUCGCGGAACUCGAGGAAUCAGCACGCCUAGCGGAUAUCGCGUAUUGUGUUGGAACAACUGGAAUCCACAAUCCAUUCGCAUGUUUAAGUCAUUGCGAGGAGUUUAAAGGGUUUGAGUUAAUCACGACCUGGAACACGGGCCCUCUGCUCUCCGACUCAUGCGGAUACAUUGCUCUAUCGCAUGCACCCUCUGCAAAACGUAUAAUAGUCGCUUUCCGCGGCACGUACUCACUAACGAAUACCAUCAUCGACCUCUCAGCCGUUCCGCAGACAUAUGUCCCUUACCCUACUGACGGGGACGACGACGGCAACAACAACAAGCCGUCAGUGAUUGAACCAAAGCAAUGCCAAAACUGCACCGUGCACGCCGGGUUCUGGACAUCAUGGAAAAACUCUCGCGGCACAGUCCUUUCCGCCGUCACACAGGCCCUCGAGAAAUACCCGGAUUAUGAAGUCACUCUCAUCGGGCAUUCCCUCGGCGGCGCUGUGGCGGCUUUGGCCAGUCUGGAGAUGUACUCUCGCGGCCUGGAUCCGCACGUCACGACGUUCGGAGAGCCCAAGGUUGGAAAUGACAAGAUGGCCGAUUUUAUCAGCGAAAUUUUUGACCUUUCAAAAGGAAAGGAGGAUGAUACACAAAUGCGAUAUCGACGCAUAACGCAUGUGAAUGAUCCAAUCCCUCUUCUACCGCUGACGGAAUGGGGAUAUGCGCCGCACGCAGGUGAAAUCUACAUCUCAAAGCUUGAUCUACCGCCUUCGCGCGAGGAUGUUGAGCACUGCGUUGGGAAUGCGGAUAAGCGCUGUAUAUCUAGCAGCGAGGGAGAUAGGGAAGAAGAGACAGUCAAAAACCUCUCUUUACUCGCAAUGAGCAUGGUCCCACAGCGAGAAAAUAUAUUGUUAUCAUCGUCUGAUAAUCAACAACAACAAGAACAACUGGCCGAAAAAGAAAAGCGGGACGAAGUGAAAACGCAAUGGUCUCUGGUACCAAACCGCUAUCGAAUCUGGGAGCUCUUCUUUGCGCAUCGCGAUUACUUUUGGCGAAUUGGUCUAUGUGUUCCUGGCGGGGACCCGAGUUCAUGGAGAUGGUUAUAA